ACUUUGCGUAGGCUCGCAAUCGUCCUCGGGUUCCGUUUGUUCUUCGAGGUUCUCCAAGUUUUUACAAGAUGCGUGAAUGUAUCAGUAUUCAUGUCGGUCAAGCUGGUGUCCAAAUGGGCAACGCCUGUUGGGAACUCUACUGCCUGGAACAUGGAAUCCAGCCUGAUGGGCAAAUGCCAAGCGACAAAACCAUUGGAGGUGGUGACGACUCCUUCAACACUUUCUUCAGUGAAACCGGUUCUGGGAAGCACGUUCCUCGUGCAGUCUUUGUCGAUCUUGAACCGACUGUGGUUGACGAAGUUCGUUGUGGAACCUACCGUCAACUCUUCCACCCAGAACAACUCAUCACCGGCAAGGAAGAUGCUGCUAACAACUACGCUCGUGGGCAUUACACUAUUGGCAAGGAAAUCGUUGAUCUCGUGUUAGAUCGCAUUCGUAAAUUGGCCGAUCAGUGUACUGGCCUUCAGGGUUUUCUGAUUUUCCACUCCUUUGGUGGAGGCACCGGAUCCGGUUUCACCUCACUUCUGAUGGAACGUCUCAGUGUUGACUACGGCAAAAAAUCCAAGCUUGAGUUCUCUGUGUACCCGGCUCCCCAAAUUUCUACGGCUGUUGUUGAGCCCUAUAACUCCAUCUUGACAACUCAUACCACUUUGGAGCAUUCCGAUUGUGCAUUUAUGGUUGACAAUGAAGCCAUCUAUGAUAUCUGCCGUCGCAACCUCGAUAUUGAACGCCCGACCUAUACUAACUUGAAUCGCCUAAUUGGUCAAAUCGUCUCUUCAAUCACUGCUUCUCUGCGUUUUGAUGGCGCUCUCAAUGUUGAUCUCACUGAGUUUCAGACGAACUUGGUUCCUUACCCUCGCAUUCACUUUCCAUUGGCUACCUAUGCUCCCGUCAUUUCUGCCGAGAAGGCCUACCACGAACAACUGAGUGUUGCAGAGAUCACCAACGCUUGUUUCGAGCCGGCCAACCAGAUGGUUAAGUGUGAUCCUCGUCAUGGCAAGUAUAUGGCCUGCUGCAUGCUCUACCGUGGAGAUGUAGUUCCAAAAGACGUCAACGCUGCCAUUGCUACUAUCAAGACGAAGAGAACCAUUCAGUUUGUGGACUGGUGUCCCACUGGUUUCAAGGUUGGUAUCAACUACCAGCCACCUACCGUGGUCCCCGGUGGAGAUCUAGCCAAAGUUCAACGAGCUGUGUGCAUGCUGAGUAAUACCACUGCGAUCGCCGAAGCCUGGGCUCGUCUUGACCACAAGUUCGAUCUUAUGUAUGGCAAACGCGCAUUCGUCCAUUGGUACGUUGGUGAAGGGAUGGAAGAAGGUGAAUUCUCUGAGGCUCGUGAAGAUCUUGCCGCUCUGGAGAAGGACUACGAGGAGGUUGGAAUCGAUUCUGUCGAAGCCGAAGGCGAAGAGGAGGGCGAGGAGUACUAA